AUGAGCGUGGAGAUCCUAGACGGGAGCACGGUGCGGAGCUUCGUGGAGGACGAGGGCGCCUUCAACUCCUCGGUGGACAGCCGGUUCGCGGCCCUGGACGCCGACCACGACGGCUUGCUCACCUACGCCGAGAUGGCCGGGGAGCUCAUGAGCCUGCGCGUGCUGGAGAAGCACUUCGGCGUGGACGACGCCGUGGUGGCGCCGACGAGCUCGCAGGGCUGUACCGCAGCCUCUUCGCGCGGUUCGACAGGGACAGCAGCGGCAGGGUUGACAGGCAGGAGUUCCGCGCCGAGAUGA